AUGGCCAAGGAUUAUGAGGCCAAUGAUCCUGCUGCCAGACUUGCCAACAUCAAGAGGAAAGUAGCCAAGUUGGAAUACAUCUCAACCCCUGAGGUUGAGGGUGAUGGUGUUAAUGAUAACUGUGGCAAUCUAGACAAUGCCAUCCAUGUUUUGGGGCACAAGAAUGCUGAAGCCAAGUUGUGCAUCAUGGUUACAAAGGGCAUGCCAAAGAAGAUCAAGAUACAAGCUUGCAACUCUAUGUCCAGCUUAUCAGCCACAUCUACCAGCAAGAGAUCUGGCAUAACCAUCCCUGUGCAAGUGCAUUUCAACAAUUCAGAUCUCCCCUUGGAUCUGCAUAAAGAUCAGAAGUGGAAGAGGGAAGUUAUUCCAAUGCUAAUCCUAUGGGCCAGAAACCAAGAGGAUGCAUUCAACAUUGCCAAGCAAGAUAUUUCAGGGCUCUACAGGAGAUCAUGCCAGUCAUAUACCCCAUACUCAAGAAUAUGGCAGGUAGCAUUCUUCCCAGUUCACCCAUGGUUUCUGUUACCUCAACAUGACUGCUCCUUAGAAGGCCUUCCACCCAUUUCUGUGCAACAGCUGCUGCUGAGCAGUCAUUUGACUGCAACCAAAGGAUACAUUCAAGUCCCCACUCUUGACACUUCGUCUUUGGCAAAGCAUGGUGUUGUUGGUGCUCUUGGACUUUGUGUGGCUGCACUCUCACAUGGCUUGAACCUUGUUAGAUCUGGUGACAUUGAGCUCAAGUCCCCCAUCAAUGUCAAAGAUGGUAUUGCCAAAGUGGCAAUGAGGUUUGUGCAGACCCCUGUCAAAUACAACAUGGCUUCAGGCAAGGAUAGCAAGACUGUGUGCAUGUUUUCAGACCAGAAUUGGGGAGCCCCAAUGAGGAAGUUUAUGGGGGCUGCCAAAAGAAGAUCUAUUGCUCAGCUUCAAGCCAUCAUAGAGUUUGCCCUUGCUUCACUCGUGAUAGGGCAAGAACUUGACCCUGAGCUGUUGAGUGAUGCAGGAUCUGACAACAACAUGUGCUUAGCAGAUAUUAAUUGCACUUCAUUGCUGCUUAUCCGCUUGAUGGAACAGAACCAACAUUAUUUCAAGUAA